CUCAAAACCACCUAACAACCUGCCAUUUACUCAACCUCCUAUUGUAACGCAGCAACGACCAUGAGACGAUCCGCAAGGCUCCACGACAAGCGCAAGGCUGCCGAAGAGAUCGAGGCUGCUCCUAUCUCAACGGCUGCUGCCCCCGAAACGCCCGACUCCCAGAAUGUCUCCACCAACGCCGAGAAUGUCGAGUUUCCCACGCCCAAUGUUCCCACGGCCAUUUCAGAUGAACAAGGCACUCCUUCUACAGGCGCUGGCACCACCAAUAAGCGUUCUACCAAGAGAUCCCGGGACGCCAGCGAAGCUGAUACCCCUGGUACUUCCAAACAAGCCACCAAACGCAGAAAAACAGGCAAGAAUGGCGAAAGUUCCCACGCUCAAGCCCUCACGGCCCCCACCCCCCGCCCUUCAAUCGAACUCCCCAGGGAAAUGUGGCUACGCAUCGCCAGCUUCCUCAAGAUCUUCCCUUACCUCCGCCUCAGCCACGCCAACAAGAACUUCCGUCAGCUGCUCACCCAAGGCCGGCAAGCCGAAACGGUUCUCACGGGCUGCCGUCGCCGCGACCGACCGGAACUGCCCGACCCGGACGACGACACGCUCUGCGAAUGGGCGUACCUCGAACUGCUGUACGGGAUUGGGUGCCAGAGCUGUGGGAAGCCGAGGAUCAGGAAGGUUACGUGGCAGUGGCAUGUGAG